AUGCCUCUGCGCCGCCGCUCUGCCUCCGGCUACCACGGCGUUCGGGCGCGGCCGAGCGGCCGCUUCGACGCGGAAAUCCUCUCUGGGGACGAGCGGAUCCGCCUCGGCACGUUCGAUACGGCGCACGAGGUGGCGCGGGUGUACGACGCCGUCGCCUGGCGCCUCGGCCACUCCCGCUGGACCAUGAAUUUUCAUGACGUCUGGACGCGGGAGCAGGCGGAGCAGCUGGCGCCCCCGUCGCCGGUCAUCACGCGCGAGCAGCAGCGCCGUCAACGGGAGCUGGAGCAGCGCCUCCUCAUCGUCGAGCGCGACGAGGCCCUUCGCCUCGAGUGGGCGCGCUAA